UUUGAAACAUUACGUCCCAAUCGGUGAAGAAAAAGCAAAGGUCAUUCUCGAUAGGGCGAAAUGGUUCCUGCUGAGAAGAGCUCCUGUUUUGGAAAGCCUACCGUCCGGUCACUUACUCGCGUCUAUCCCGCAGUUACAUGUUGGAGCGAGUUUAUUACGGGCUAAAAAUCCAGAGAUUUAAAAUGCCUCCUUGUAUCAUGUCCAGCCAGUUCACCUCACACUUUGAACCCCAAAAUAUUUUCCUCAAUAGUCAUUAUCCUUUUGGAUCUGGGAUGGCAAAACUUCUGUCUUCUGAACCAGUCAGCUCUACCCCUGCUGGCAGAUUUACAGUUCUUGGAUAUAUGGCCCAGGUCACUAUGGCCUUGUUGCGAAGAUUUUUAUACCUUUGGCAGCAUUUUCCUGCAAACCUGGUGAAGAUUGUCUUGCUGGGCAUUGCCAGAAGAGCAUUGCCCAUCUUACAGAAGGUGAAAUACUUAAAGAAGGCUGGAGAACUUAAAAUAAAUGAAAAUGAUACUGAGAAGGAGAAAGGGAAAGGCAGCUGUCUAGAAUAUCAUUCUCUGAAGAAUCAUAAAAACUACCUUUCAGGGCAAAGUUUGGUUAUCGAUGGCUAUUUUGGAAAAGGCAUUGAACAACCUUUGAUUAAUUCAAGCAACAUUACUGUGAAUAACAUGCAUUUGGAAAAGGAAGGGAUUUCCAAGCUGUGUUUAAUAAGUCCUACCAUAGUAUUUGAUUUGGGAAAAAAUUGGGAAGGUUGUUCAGGAAAAGACAUAGGAUGUGUGACUAUAAAAAGUGUUGGGCAUGUCCUCCCUAAGUUGUUAGAAGAUACUUAUCCUGAAAUCUUUACAAAAGGCUUGGACUUUGCUAGAUAUUUGGAAAAGACUUUGGACUGUUUCAACCUGAAUGGAAAGUUAAAUUUUGAUAAGGGCCUUGGUCAAAUUUUGGAAACUACCAUAGUUUCCCAAAAACUGGAGAAGAACAUGAAAUCUAAUCAGAAUCCAGUCAUAUGUGAAGAACAAAGCUUAGCAUGUUCACUUGUUUCUUCAAAGAAUGAAGAACAGCCAGAAAUGAACGGGAAGAGUGGGAAGAAUGAACAUGGAUACGACAUGGAAUCUCCUACCAUCCCCAAUAGCUUCCAAAGUCCCCUGGUCCUCUCCUUAUUCUAUAGUCCAUUGGAAGAGGAGGAGGACAACAGUGAUGAUAAUUCAGAAGACUGGUGGAGUGAGGAUGAGAUGGAAGAGAGUAGUCAGGCCAAAACUUACUCUCAUGGCAAUAAUUCAGGAAAAGUAGAGAACUGCCUGGAAGUAGAAGGUGAUGACUCUGUAUAUCAGGGUGUUUUUGAGAAUCUCUGUGGAGCUCUCUCCAUGAACAAUGAUCCCUUCCACCCACUCUGUUCUUCCAAAUCCAUUCAGGCCCUCAAAGACCACGCCACUGCUUCACGGAAGCCCAAGAACCAUCAAGAAAAUGUAGUCUCUUCUUAUCUGACAAGGACAAAUUCUGAACUUGAAGAAUUGUGUCAUCUUCCAAAGCAGUUGUGGCUCAGAGAGGACCAAAAAGUUGCAAGUAAUCAGGAGACCCACAGGUGCAACCCACCAAGUCCCAGGAAAAACAUUUCUCCUGUCCCUGCAGAAAUUCCACUAGUUCUGCAGCAGGAAAUCCAGGUGAAAAAGAAGGUCAGAUUCUCCCCAGUGGUCACUGUCCACUCACUGGUGGUCUGGGAUUACGCCUCUCGGGCUGCCCGUUGGGGCCCGUGGGAGGAAAUGGCUCGUGAUCGCUGCCGCUUCCACCGAAGAAUUGCUCAAGUGGCAGCCAUCUUGGAGCCUUGCCUGGCAGUGGAUCACCGGGCCAAGGUCUGGAAGAGGAUCCAUGGAGUUCCAAUGUUUCUUCUGGAGGAAGCCACUGACAAUAUGGUGUAGUAACACUGAGUCCAGGCCAAAACUAUCAAUGAAAAUGCUCUGGAUGAGAGACGAAUCCGUGUUGGCUAUGUGGAGGAAUAACAUGAGAGAAAAUGUCAUGGCUCCUGUUUUCUGAAUAAGUAGGUUGCUACUACUACCUCUUUUGAUUUGGAAGGUCAUGAAACAUGGCCAUUGUAAUGAGUAUAUGUGGGAAAUAAUUGCUUUUAAAUACAGUAUAAGUGCUACAAUUGCACUUGCAUUUGCAUUUCACAAGCAUUACUCACUGUUGAAAUGGCCAAGUGAGAUAGAAGGGCUCCAUCCAACCUGGUGGCCUUCUGAAUCUUUUGGAUGACAAAUCCCAUGAUUCCCAGCCAACCUUCCUUGUUGUGGAGCUGGGAUUUGGAGUUAAACAUUUUAUUGGAGGGGCAGCUUGAAGGUUUUUGGGAAAAAUCUAUUGAUAGACGAAGAGUUGGAAAGAUCAGCCAAGGGCUGGCUCAGAUUUCUUCACCUCUGUGGUCUGACCACAUGGCUAGGCCCCUUCAUAUAUACCAGUCAGAGGGUAAGAAUCUGGAUCCAAAUUUUGACAACAUGGACUUGUAUAUUUCAGCUACCCUGUUUCAACCAAGGGUUGGUUUGCUUGAUUUUGUAUUUGCCAAGUCUCUGGUAGCUUGUAUGUAUUUUUAAUUGAAGGAAAAUAUUUUUUGAGAGAUUUGUAUCAAUCUAUAUUAAAUUGUCCCUUUGAACUGCCUGGUUAUGUCUUGAAUAUAUUAUAACUGCUUGAUUAUUGAAUUGUAAUUUAUUCAAUAAUAAAAAAUAAUAUUUUUUAAAGAA